GAAUAUAAACAGAACUCGGUAGCUUCCGACAAUUUUCUUGCAGAAAUGGAGAUGACUGCACAAUCGCUGUCCCAGGCAAAGCUCCCAAGCUGCUCAACCUCGCUUUCACCACCCUUCCUUCAUUCAAAGGCCACUCUUGCUGCAUCAAAUUUUGUAGUUCCAUUUCAGUCCUCUAAGGGUUAUGUUACUAAGCUAAAAUUUGAUAGAAUCAGAUCGAGGAAACAAAGAAAUCUUGGGGUUAUUUAUGCUUCUGAGGGUGAAAGUACUUCAUCAGAUGUCACUGAUAGAUGGCUUCUUGAGCCUGCAGGCGAUGGAGAUACAAGGCACAUAGGUUUUAAGGUUCAGAUGCCAGAUGCCUUUGAAAUUGCUUCCAGUGAAGUGACUGUUGGGCGUCUCCCUGAUAAGGCUGAUGUGGUGAUUCCUGUUGCAACAGUAUCUGGAAUUCAUGCCCGGAUUCAGAAGAAAGAAGGGAAUCUUCUGGUCACAGAUUUGGACAGUACCAAUGGAACGUUCAUUAAUGACCAGAGAUUAAGGCCAGGAGUCGUUGCCACUGUGCCACCUGGAAGUUUUCUUGUAUUCGGCUGCUUGGAUCCUGAAGAAUUCAAAGAAUUCAAACUUGUUAAGCGCACCCAACUCAGCCACAAUGUGGCUAAGUUUAAGUUUGCUCUUCCCACACCAACAUCAGUUUUGGGGCUUCCAAUUGGACAACAUAUGAGUUGCAGAGGAAAAGAUCAGCAUGGUGAUGAUGUUGUCAAGGCAUAUACUCCAACAACUUUGGAUUCAGAUUUAGGGUAUUUUGAACUAGUCAUAAAGAUGUAUCCCCAAGGAAGGAUGUCCCACCACUUUCGGGAGAUGCGUGAAGGUGAUUACUUGGCUGUGAAGGGACCCAAGGGGCGCUUCAGGUAUCAACCUGGACAAGUUAGAACAUUUGGUAUGCUUGCUGGGGGAACUGGCAUCACUCCAAUGUUCCAGGUUGCUAGAGCCAUUUUAGAAAACCCAAAUGACAAGACUAACAUUCAUCUUAUUUAUGCCAAUGUCACUUAUGAGGACAUUCUGUUAAAGGAAGAGUUGGAUGAGCUUGCGAGUAAAUUUCCUAACCGCAUGAGUGUGUACUAUGUUCUGAAUCAGCCUCCUGAAGGAUGGGAUGCUGGUGUUGGAUUCGUAUCCAAGGAAAUGAUUCAAGCCCACUGCCCUGCUCCUGGUCAAGAUAUUCAGAUUUUGAGAUGUGGACCGCCUCCCAUGAACAAGGCCAUGGCUUCUCAUCUAGAAGCUCUCGGGUACUCUUCUGAAAUGCAAUUCCAGUUUUAAUCUCCACUCUAAUGGUGCUGCUGUCACUUAUAUCCCUUUAUCGAUUCCCUACAAAUUUUUAAGUGAGCCCUGGAAGAAACUCAAGCUCUUUACGCCAUGAGUUAUUUUAGCCAGAGCAGUCAGUCAGUCCUACAAUAAUCAGGAUGGAGAGGAUUUGGUAAUUUAUGCUGUACUCAUCACAUAUUUUUCCUAGCAAAUUUUGCUCCUCCCAAAACACAUUGAUCAAAGUUCCAUAAUUAAUUUGACUA